AUGGUCCUCCCUUCUGGCGGAUGGGGUCUCCUCGGAGAUCCGUGCACCCUGCGGCGGCCCCCGCACACGCUCCCCGGGCUGGGGCUCGGCCUGCAGCCGGGCCGGGCCCCCCCGCCCCCGCCAUAUAAGGCGCUCCGGGAAAGCCCCGCAGAACCCGCCGGUGCCAAGCGCUGUCCCCGACACUUCGUGUCACCCAACCCCGCCUCAGCUCCUCUAACACGGGGAAACCCUCCUUGUGCAGCUCUGGGGGGUUUGAGGCUGAGCUCCGCCAGCCCCUCCCAGCCAGCGGGGGCUCCUCGGGCACCCCCGGAGCCGCGGGAGCCCCCGCACUGCCGAGGCCGGGGUCAGGCUCGGCCGGAGCGGCGGGGUGGCCCAGACGCGUCUGUCCGCUGGGUGUACGAGUCAGGCUGGAUGGAGUCCUCCCUCACACGGACAUUUGAUUUAAAUCUGCCUCCGUUUAAAGAACUGCCCCUCUCUCUCCUGUCAGCUAAGGAGAGCGUUUGCUCCGGGCAGCCGAGGAGCUUUCGGGAGCCCGGGCCGGCGCACCGAGCAGGGGAAGGGCUCCGGAGCCGCUAG